AUGAAGAAGAAAAAUGUGAGAGUAUUGAUAGUGCUGUGCAUGCUUAGCUGUCUAGUAGGAAUAGGAGUAUUAAUGGUUACAUCUCAAAAUAUAAGAGAAGUAAAGAAUAAGAGCAGCAAAGAAAGCCUUAGUGCGAAACCGGCGAUAGAAGAAGACUGUAAGGUAAAGCAUGAGAUAAGCUUUGAAAAUAUUUUAGAUAAGACCAAGGCCACUGCUUUAGAUAAAGAAGAAAUAGCACCAAUGGCAAAUGACACUAGUUUAAAUACAGAUAAUUCAUUAGAUGUAGACAAGAAGUUACAAGAAAUAACAGAAGAAAAGAUAAUAUCUAGUAGUUUAAACACAGAGGCUGCAUUAAAUAUAAAAAAAGAGGAAGAAAAAGUGUCCAAUGCAGAAAACAAUCUAAUAAACGUUAGCUCAGGCGUAGAUGCUGCUUUAGACCCAGAAACAAAGACAUUAGAUGUAGAAGGCGGAUUGAAUACGAAUUUAAUGGAUACAGGCAAUCAAUUGGAUACAAAAAGAAAGUCAUUUGAAAUACCAGAAGAUAUAAUGCUAUCUACUACUUUAUAUGCGCAGGAUUCUCCGAAUAUAGAAAUGCAGAUAAUAACUUCAGACUGCAUGGUGCUUACUAGUUUAAAUACAGAUAACCCAUUAGAUACAAAAGAUGAAUUCUUUAGUAAUCUAAGUGCCGCGGCGAAUUCAUUUAAGAAAGAAGACAGGCUGCGCAUACAUCCAACUAACAAGAAUCCAUUAUAUAUAAAAAAGUUAUUAGCAACAAUAGAAGAAGAAAACAGAUCCUCUGCAGAGUCAGAAAUACCCCUAGAAAUGGAAUCUGAUAAAAAUUUCAUAUGUAAAGAAUGCAGUCUAUCAGAGAUGGACAUAACACAAGAGGUUGUAGAGAUGCCAGAUAUAGGAGAUAUGGAUAAACAGAAUUCCAAAAUAGAACGUCCUCAAGAAAUAGCAUCAGUUUUUGUAUAUAGCCCGCAAGAGGAACUAAUAGAGAUGCUAGAAUGCAUUGCUAGACAGAAUCCAAGCCUGUCUACACAGCUGGAAAAGUAUAAUGACGAGCAUACUAUUAAUGCACUUCUUAAGAACAGAAAUGCGAUUGUAAUUAGACAAAUUGCUUUUUCUAACCUAAUGACAGUAGAAGAAAUAACACUAUGGAAGGUGCUGAAGACAUGCAAAAAAGGCCUUCCCAGAAAUUCUGCAUGCAGUGAAUCUACUAUUUUGAUAAGUCUUUUAUAUCCUCCUGACAUGAUGUAUAAUCCAUUUGUUGUGCAUGCAAUGCUUACUUAUUACAAUCCAAACACCCUAUCUAAUGUUUUUUUGUCUCUAUUACAGUUUGACUUCCAGUAUAGUAAGAACAUAUUCAAUGAAUUUCAAAUAUUUAAAAAGAUAUAUAGGCUUACAAUAUCUAGAACAAUUAUUCACACCUGCACUAUUAAUUCACUAGGGGAGUUCAGCAACUUAAAAGUGCUUUCUUUUUAUACAGGAGAGAUUUUAAGCUCUGAUUCCAUCAGCUUGGCUGCCUCCCUACCAAAGAAUCUAGAAAUACUAAUUAUGUUUGGUAUUGACAAUGCACAUGCAAACUGGAUAAUUAAUGGGUUAAAUUCCUGCGAUAAUAUAUAUGAAAUAGAUAUUUCCGGGAUUGAUUGCAUGGAUACUCAUGCACUAAACCAACUAACAGUUCUUAAUGCACUAAAUGAAUUUUCUCUAAAAGAUGUGGUUUUCUUUGACUGUCCAGACUUUUCGUUCCUCAAGAAAAUGAAGGCGCUCAAAAAACUAUCCAUGUAUAAUAUUUUCUACUCAUACACAGAAGAGCUUAAAGUAAAAGACUUGAAUAUAAUUAAACAAAGCAUUAUGUACUUAAUCCCAGAAAACACAGAAAAUAGUGUGUUGGAUAAAUAUGCAGAUGUAGUAAAUAGGAACAAAGAAGUUGGCAGCUGUAUUUCUCCUACAGAUAUCAAUAUAGGAAGCAAUCUGUACUAUGACCUAGGACUGCAUAGAAUAGAGCCUAGUGAGGAAAUUAAGUAUAAUAUAAGCAUUGUGUUUGAUAUAACCCCAUGCUAUCUCUUGUUAGAAACUACUACAGUAUGUUUUUCUUUAAACCAAGCACACCAGAUGCUCGAUAUUAAAGUUGGGCUUCCGCGCAACCCAAUCACACAAGAAUUAUUUUUCAAAACUCUACAAAGAAUUGAAUUCCCGUUCUUAGAAAUCAAAACAAUUGGCACAAUAUAUCUAGAGAAUACAUUUAUCACCCAGAAAGAAAAUGAAGUAAUGGACAUGCUUUCAGACAAAAUUAUGGAGUAUGAAAGGAAUAACAAAAUAAAAGGUAUAGGUCUAAUCUCCCUAUUACCCUCAGUAACAAUAGAUAUGUACAAGAUUAUUAUGUUUAACAAUACUAUGCCAGACCUUCUGAAUCUAAAACUAACAAAUAUUUCUUUUGCAGCAGAUAGCACUAUACCUGAAGAUAAAGAUGAAAAAUUGGCUAUGAAAUCAUAUAAAAAGUUUAUGGAAAAAAAUCCAAAUCUUAAGGCCUACUUAUUUAUUAAAGAAGAAGACAACCCAAAAUCAAAUAUUAAAAGCCGCUUUUUUUCUAAAAAGAAAACCAAUGCUUUAAAAAUUAUUGGAAGCUCAUAG